CCUUCGUGAGGAGAGAGAGAUUGGGAGGAGGCUGCUCCCAGUCUUAAUUAUCAGAGGAAUACAGUAAAUUUAUCAGUAAAUUAAAAUUAAAUUAGUGUCGCAGCUAUCGCCGACGCCCUUUUCCUUCCCUUGAUUUGUUUUCCUUUCACCUGGAUAGCGAAGCAAUUGUCUGUUAUAAUUUAACUACUCCACUCUGAGGGUCAAACUCAGAUCCGAAACGAGACGAGGACGACGAUCCAGAGGUGUUAUGGAGGACAACCAAGGCACAGAUUUGAGAGCUUAUCUAUCAGUGGCAGAAAAUGAUCGAUGGAUUUUAAUCAGCCUUUCUGGUUGGCGUCCCUUGGGUCGUUACAAGCAUUCUGCUCAAAUAGUCAAAGAGAAACUAUAUGUGAUCGGAGGAAGUCGUAAUGGCCGGUAUCUUUCAGAUAUUCAGGUUUUUGAUCUUAGAACUUUGAAGUGGUCCACAUUAAGUCUACAUGCAUAUUCGAGCAAUGAUGUAUUGAAAGAAAACUUUCCUGCGAUGGCAGGCCAUAGUUUGGUUAAGUGGGAAAGUAAACUUCUGGUUGUUGCUGGCCAUUCCAAGGAAGCUUCAGAUACUGUAACAGUUUGGUCUAUCGACUUGGAAACUAGUAGCUUUUCUGUUGUUAAUACCCAUGGAAGAGCUCCGACAGCUCGUGGAGGCCAGUCUGUUGCAGUGGUGGGUACAAGAUUGCUAAUCUUUGGUGGAGAAAGCACUAGGGGACAGUUACUGAAUGAUCUCCACAUUCUUGAUUUGAGUACUAUGUGCUGGGAUUUAGUACAAACUAAGAAUAUGCCUCCAGCGCCAAGAUUUGAUCACACAGCCAGUGUACAUUCAGAUCAGUACCUUCUGAUUUUUGGUGGUUCUUCUCACUCGACCUGUUUCAAUGACCUGCAUGUCCUAGACUUGCAAACGAUGGAAUGGUCUCAACCGGAAACCCAGGGUAUUGCUGUGGCUCCUCGGGGUGGUCAUGCUAGUACUACAGUUGAUGAGCACUGGUAUAUAGUUGGUGGUGGAGACAACAGAAGUGGCGCCACUGACACUGUUGUCUUGAACACAUCCAAGCUUGUUUGGUCAUUAUCUACAACCGUAGGAGGGCGGGAUCCUCUUGCUAGUGAGGGUCUUACUGUUUGUUCAGCAACAAUGGAUGGAGAGAAAUUUCUUAUUGCCUUUGGUGGUUACAACGGAAAGUACAAUAACGAUCUAUUUGUUUUGAAGCCCAAGACGAGAGACUCAAAACAACCCAGGCUUUUUCAAUCUCCAGCAGCAGCUGCGGCAGCAGCUUCUGUUACUGCUGCUUAUGCUUUGGCGAAGAUUACUGAUAAGAACGGUGAUUCUGUCAAUUCAGAGGGUGUAAAUCUGAAGUUAGCCAGUGCUAAUAGUGGAAAGGUUGUUGCAGUUGACACUGAUAAGCUUACCUCAGAAAAGAAGUCUCUAGAAUCCAAGCUAGAGGAAGUACUAAAUGAAAAUUCAAGGCUCAAGAACAGCCUUGAUGAGAUGAACAACUCGCAUAACCUAUUACUAAUGGAACUUCAAUCGGUACAAGGUCAUGUGGCAGCUGAGAGCUCAAGAUGCUUCAAAUUAGAGGCACAAAUUGCAGAAAUCCAGAAAAGGUUGGAGUCAUUCAGUUCUAUAGAGCAGGAGUUGGAAAACCUACAACAUCAAAAGUUGAAAAUAGUAAAAGAUACGAGUGCUCCACAGAGGCAAGAUUCAGGGGGCAUUUGGCGAUGGAUGGCUGGAACAACUCAGAGUCCUUAGCAGUAAAUAGUAAGAUCAGUUUGUUGUGUGACUGUAUAUCCAGUGUUCUAUCAUGAUGAAACGUGGUGCAACAGUAAAUUAACCUUGUACCCAUGCUUUUAGUAAAUUUGUUUUAUUCUGCUAUUAGUCAAUGGAGAUUAUGCUUGCGCCUGAAAUGAAGCUAAACUGAAACUUUCGUUCUUUUA